AUGUUAUUAAUACCAGAAAUUUCUUGUCACAUUCAGAUAUUGUUACAAACAAUUGUAACUAACUAUUUAAAUUCAUCCAUUUGUAUAACAGUUGUUUCGGAAAAUACUCUGAUUUUUAAUUUACCUAAGAGUUUUAUAUAUCUCUAUGCGAAUAAUACCAAUGAUCUUGCUAAUCUUAUGCUCAACGCUUCAGAGAUGGGUUGUUCCGAUUAUAUUGUGCAAAUAAAUGAACCGGAAAUAUUUAUGACUGCAUUCGAAAAAGUUGUUCAUAUGGGAAACGUUCGUAGAAGUGAUAGAAAAGUAAUUAUGCUGCCUGCACAGAAUAAGACCAUCGCCAGCAAUUACAGCAACGAAAAUUUUAUAAAUGUACUGACACUGAAAGAAGUUCGUUUCCUGGCGAAUAUUUUAUUAAUUGUUCCAUCAGAUUCAAUCAGUCAAUGUGAUACUUAUGAUUUAAUCACACAUAAAUUUGUUGGACCAGAUGAAAACAAUAAACCUGUCUAUUUAGAUAAAUGGAAUUCAUGUACAUCUGAGUUUGAAAAUUUUUCUAAUCUGUUUCCACAUAAUAUGUCUAAUUUAUAUGGCAAAAUAGUUAAAGUUGCUGGAUUUACAUAUACACCCUAUGUUUUACUAGAUCUAGAUACUAAUAUGACACCACUAGGCCGUGAUGGUAUAGAAGUGAGAAUCGUUGAUGAAUUCUGCAGGUGGAUUAAUUGCACCGUUGAAAUAGUGAGAGAUGACGAACAUGAAUGGGGAGAAAUUUAUGAUAAUCUUACUGGUGUUGGUGUUAUUGGAAAUGUUUUCGAAGAUAGGGCCGACCUUGGUAUAACUGCACUGUACUCUUGGUUUGAAGAAUUUGUUGUAAUGGACUUUUCGGCGCCAUUUUUAAGAACCGGCAUAACAUGUAUUGCACCUUCACCGAGGUUAUUAGCAAGUUGGGAAAUGCCUUUAUUACCUUUUAGUCUGUAUAUGUGGAUUGGAUUGUUUUUUACAUUCAUAUAUGCAUCGUUGGCCUUAAUAGUAGCGAAAGGAUUUGUUACAGAUAAUGUUUUUUUGACAACAUUUGGGAUUAUGGUCACGCAGUCACAGCCUGAGUCUGGAUUCUCUUCUUGGCGAAUACGCAGUGUGGUCGGAUGGAUGAUGAUGACAGGUUUAGUUUUGGAUAAUGCUUACGGAGGUGGUCUAGCGUCUACUUUCACCGUUCCUAAAUAUGAACCGACAAUUGACACAAUACAAGAUAUAGUCGACAGACAAUUGACAUGGGGCGCUACGCAUGACGCUUGGAUAUUUUCCCUAAUACUUUCACAUGAGCCUUUGAUAAGGAACUUAUUGAGUCUAUUUCGUACGUAUCCUGCGGAAGAAUUAAAUCGUAGAAGUUUUACAAGGAAUAUGGCUUUCAGUAUUGAAAAAUUGCCAGCAGAGAACUUUGCUAUCGGUAGUUAUAUAACGAAAGAUGCGUUAUUGGAUUUAACAAUAAUGGUUGAAGAAUUUUAUGCUGAACAGUGUGUUGUGAUGAUGCGUAAAAGUUCUAUGUAUACAAAUAAGUUAAGCGAUCUCAUAGGACGCCUUCACGAAUCAGGGCUGCUGUUGGCUUGGGAGACUCAGAUAGCCUUGCGGUACUUAGAUUAUAAAGUACAACUUGAAGUGAAGCUUUCUCGUUCAAAAAGAGACGUUGAAAACAUAGAGCCAUUAGCGUUAAGACACGUUGAGGGAAUUUUCAUAAUUUAUGCGAUUGGAAUAACAUUGUCAUUCUUCACUUUCGCAAUGGAAAUGUUUAUCCACAAAAAAAAAACUAAAACACUUUCUCUGGGAUAUUUGAAAAUGUUAACACUGUUGCCAGAGUCUAUUUGGCCCCUAAAACUAUUGUUACAAGUCGUAAUUAGUAACUAUUUACAUUCAUCUUAUUGUAUAACUGUCAUAUCAGAAGAGUACCUUGACAUAAAAUUACCAAAUCAUUUCAUGUAUAUUUCUGCGAAAAGCUUUGAGAAAUUUGCCAACCUUAUGCUGAACGCAUCAGAGAUGGGUUGUUCUGAUUACAUCGUGCAAAUGAGUGAACCAGAAAUAUUUAUGAAUGUUUUUGAAAAAGUUGUGCAUAUGGGAAACGUCAGAAGAAGUGAUAGAAAAAUUAUUAUAUUGCCUACACAAAAUGCCGAUAGUCAUAGUAAACAGAAAUUACUAAGCAUAUUGUCCAUGAAAGAAGUUAGUUUCGUGGCAAAUUUAUUAAUUAUAAUACAUUCAGAUGUGUUGUAUGAUUGCGAAACUUAUGAUUUAAUUACACAUAAAUUUGUUGGAACCGCUGAACACAAUACACCUAUUUAUUUAGAUAAAUGGAACUCUUGCACAAGAAAGUUUGAAAAAAAUGGAAAUUUAUUUCCACAUGAUAUGUCUAAUUUAUAUGGGAAAACGGUUAGGGCAGCUGGAUUUACUUAUAAGCCCUAUAUUUUAUUAGAUUUGGACCCUACUAUAGAACCAGAGGGGCGUGAUGGCAUGGACGUGAGGAUUAUCAAUGAAUUUUGCAGGUGGAUCAACUGUACUAUAGAAUUAGUGCGAAAUGAUGAACAUCAGUGGGGAGAAAUCUAUGAUAAUCUUACUGGUGUCGGAGUUUUAGGAAAUGUUGUCGAAGAUAAGGCGGAUCUUGGUAUAACGGCUUUAUAUUCUUGGUAUGAUGAAUUCGUAGUAAUGGAUUUUUCAGCACCUUAUAUAAGAACUGGUGUAACGUGUAUAGCCCCUUCACCUAGGUUAUUACCGAGUUGGAAGUUGCCGUUACUACCAUUUACUCUUUAUAUGUGGAUUGCGUUAUUUUUUACAUUUAUUUCUGCGUCCUUAGCUCUAAUCGUCGUAAAAAGAUUUGAAAUGGAUAACGUUUUUUUGAUUACCUUCGGAAUUAUGAUAACUCAGUCACAGCCUGAAUCGGGAUUCCCUACAUGGCGUAUACGCAGCGUCAUUGGAUGGAUGAUGAUAGCAGGCUUAGUUUUGGAUAAUGCUUAUGGGGGAGGCUUAGCAUCCACCUUCACUGUUCCCAAGUAUGAACCAACGGUUGACACGAUACAAGAUAUUGUUGAUAGAAAUCUUAUAUGGGGCGCUACUCAUGACGCUUGGACGUUCUCUCUUAUACUAUCACAGGAGCCUACAAUUAAGAAGUUAGUAAGUUUAUAUCACACAUACUCCGCCGAAGAAUUGAAACGCAAAAGUUUUAAUAGAAAUAUUGCAUUCGGAAUUGAAAAAUUACCUGCUGGAACUUUCGCAAUCGGAGAGUAUAUAACCAAAGUAGCAUCGUUGGAUUACACAAUAAUGCUGGAAGAGUUUUAUUUUGAACAAUGUAUUAUGAUGAUGCGUAAAAGUUCAGUGUAUACCAAUAAAUUAAGUGAUCUUAUAGGACGCCUUCAUGAAUCAGGACUUUUGUUAGCUUGGGAGAAUCAGAUAGCCUUACAGUAUUUGGAUUACAAAGUUCAACUUGCAGUUAAACUUUCGCGUUCCAAAAAAGAUAUCGAAACUGUUGAGCCACUUGCCUUGAGACAUGUUGAGGGAAUUUUCAUCAUUUACGCAGUUGGUGUAGCCAUAUCUAUCCUCGCUUUGUUCAUAGAAGUUCUUGUACAUAGAAAGAAAUAA